AUGUCUGAAACGGUAACCUCGCGCGAUCACAUCACGCCUCGGGAUUAUUACUCGGGACUCGACGAUGAGGGCUCUUUGGUAAGAAAGUUCAAAAAUAUCGACGACCAGAUACAGUUUGAUGGGGCUAUGUGUGGCAUAAAAGAUCCCCUGACCCAAAAUUUUGUUUUGGACUUCGGGAACGAGGAUGCGUGGUGUGCAUCUGAUUUAAACACCGAUGAAUUAAACCUACUGCUCAGCAAACCGAGAGCCAAGUGUUUCGGCACACGAUGGAUUAAUAUCUGGGCACCAGAGGAGCAGAAAGAAACCAUCAAGGCUAUAACUCAACAUUACGGUGUAUCCGAACGACUACAAGGAAUGAUGUGCACAGAGCCAGUUCAGCCUGCACUCAAAACAAACCCAAUACCCAAAGAGAGAUCAUCACACAAAACCGACCCCGGCCCAUCCUUCCAGCACGAUUUUGAUGACCCAGAAAAUGCACUCAAGCAUCUCUCCGAUCCAGCUAAACCCAACGAGUCGGCGUCAUUCAGAAACCUGACUUUCGCACAAGUUACCGACCAGAUCUGGCACUUUUCUUCAGUAGAUCAUGGUCCUCGAUGUAAGCUUGAACGUCACUUGAUCGGACUCAGAGCUAAAAGGACUGCCACAGACACAUGUAUCGGCUACAAUACGUUAUUCGUGAUCCCGACACUGUCAAUGCCGAAUGGCAAGGAUCUCCCAGACGGAAAGAGACUUUGGACCUGGUUGGUCCAAUGCGACGAUGGUACGAGCCGUUUGGGACAAUAUCCGAUGCAGUCACUGAGUGGAUCAUAUAUAGGAACGAUAAUUUCGAUCCAAGAGAACCCAUUCGCAAGACAGAAAGGGGUAUCAAUCGACGAAGCCAAGCCAGUUCUCGAUGUCGUACGCAGAAACAUCCGCUUCAUUUUCGCUGGCGUUUCGAAACUGCACUUUGCCAUGUCCGAAAGCGAAUCAUUAAUCACUAUCCGUGUUCGACAAUUCAGUGAUCUCGGACCAGAUCAAGCCAACAUCAAACAAGAAGAUGGACCGAGUUUGCUUUUCUACUAUAUUUUCGACGAUUGGGUAUCGAGUUAUGGACUGAUUGCAAAACGAGAGCACAAGUAUGGCGUUUUACUCGAAGAACUGAGAGCCAAUAUGCUCGACCGUCCAGUGGUAGAUUUGAUCAAUGAAUUACACUGGUUAGGGCGACGCCUGGCUGUCUUGAAACGGCUGUAUCAGAGCUAUGAGCUUAUUAUGCGGCGACUGCUGCAGCGGCAACGCAUGCUCCGCGAUGAGGCCCGUUCGUCUCACCCCACCGCUCUCCCGUAUGGGGCCACGUUUCGCGAGAUGGAAUCUGUGGAUAUGCGACAGCCCAGUCUCGUGAGCAAUUCUAGUCUUCCCAUAGAUAAAUCGGUCGGAGUGCAGCUUAGCUCGACGGCGGUGGCGCGCUUUGAACGGUUGGUGGACCGGAUCAAUCUGUACUGUUUGAGUGAGAUUGAGAAUUGUCUGAGUGAGAAAGAGUCCUUGACAUUUUUGAAUUUUAAUUUGAUUGCGCUCAAAGACUCACAGGCUGUUGAGAAGCUUACUCGGAUCACUAUCCUUUUGGCGAAGGCAACCAUUUUGUUUCUACCGGUCAGUUUGAUGAGUGCGUAUUUUUCAACGGAACUCAUUGGGGUGAAGAAUGGAUACACCAAGACGGAAUACUGGAUCAGCUUCACGGUGAUCUUCAUCUUAUCCAUCUUGCUAUUGACCGUUUUCGGAUACGCCAGUGAUACUGUGGAAGGCAAGACGAUUUAUCGGUCAAUGGUACGGACAUUCUUCCGAAGUUCACGAGAGAGAAUGUUACGACAACGACCGGGAGGACAAUAA